CAGAGCCAAGUGAGAUUCGAUCCAUGUCCAGUUUCAUGGACAGGAGGCGGAGUUUGUUGUCGCGUUGCCGUAGUAACAGCAACGAUCCUGGGGCAAUCAAUGGUCACCUGUCAUUGAAGGAUCUCGUAUGCUGUUUGUCCUUGCUGGCUGCAGGCACUCCUAAAGAUAAAUUGGAAUUUAUGUUUAGAUUGUACGACACUGAUGGCAACGGCAUACUCGAUUCUCUUGAGAUAGAGAGCAUAAUCAAUCACAUGAUGACUGUGGCCAGGUACUCAGGCUGGGAUGUUUCUGAAUUGAAACCAAUUUUGCAAGAGAUGAUGCAAGAAGUUGACUACAAUGCAGAUGGUUGUGUUACGUUGGAGGAAUGGAUGAAGGCUGGAUCAUCCAACAUACCACUCAUGGUCCUACUUGGAGUCGAUUCUAUGGUUCCAGAUGAGGGUUGCCAUUCCUGGGAGUUGAAGCACUUCAACAGACCUGCAUACUGCAACCACUGCCUCAAUCUGCUCAUUGGACUCGGAAAACAGGGGCUAAGAUGCAUCUAUUGUCGAUACACAGUUCACGAACGAUGUGUACAAAAGUGUAGAGAUCCAUGUAUCACAACGUACAGCAAGUCGAAAAUUGUCCAACCAAUGGCACACCACUGGGUUGCUGGGAACUGCUCAGCCAAAUGUAACAAAUGUAAGAAGCACAUCAAGUCUUACAACAAACUGACUGGCAAGAGAUGCCGAUGGUGCAAGAUAUCUGUGCAUAACAAAUGCUUGGAGCUGGUUGGCGCUGAAUGUGACAUGGGCGAAUACAAGGAGCAUAUAUUAUCUCCCGCUCAGAUAUCCCCUGCAGUACUGGUUAAUUCCAACAGUAUUGACAACAACCUCUCAUCACAUUCUUUGCAGUUGGUUCCUCUCCCCGAUGUUGUCCCACUUAUUGUGUUCAUCAAUCCAAAAAGUGGAGGCAAACAAGGCAAAAGCAUCUUGAAGAAGUUUCAAUACAUCUUGAAUCCACGACAAGUUUUUAAUGUGGCGUCGGAUAAAGGUUUCAUGAAUGGGUUACAAUUUUUUCGUGAACUACCAAAUUACAAGAUAUUAUGUUGUGGAGGAGAUGGAACUGUUGGGUGGCUGCUGGAGUCCAUGGAUAAAAUGAACUAUGGAGACAGCAGACCCGCUGUUGCAGUCCUACCUCUUGGUACUGGUAAUGAUCUGGCCAGAAGUCUCAAGUGGGGUGGAGGUUAUGAGGGGGAGGAUCUGCGCAAAGUGUUGGACCAAGUAAGUCAGAGUGUGGUGGUCACGUUGGACAGAUGGCGCAUUGACGUCAAAGAGACCUCUGCAGACGACAAGAUCAUUAAUGCCACGCAGAGUGACACCAAUAAAAACAUCAGCUACAACAAUAACAGCAACAAAAACAUUGCUAACAACAACAACAACUGCAGCAGCACUGAUGACAACCUCAGCUCAGAUUCUGUAGACCUACCAAUUGCAACAAAAAUCAUCACCUCAUUCCUGUCUGACGAUUCCUGCCAGGUGACCUCUCGCAUGGAACCUGACCAUCCGCAGAUGCACAUCAUUGGUUUAGAACCCUUUUUAUUGAAUUCAUCGUCCACUUCUACCGAGCCAUCAUCCUCAUUGACGGCCACUCCAACCAUGACCGAGGUUGCCAAGAAGCGAAAGCCAUCUGUGGGCAGUUCAAAGAUACCGUGCAACAUCAUCAACAACUACUUCUCCAUUGGGGUGGAUGCCUCCAUUGCCCAUCGAUUCCAUGUCAUGAGGGAGAAACAUCCUGAGAAGUUCAACAGCAGGAUGAAGAACAAGUUGAUAUAUUUGGAGUAUGGCACGUCAGAGACAUGGAGAGCCACGUGUAAAAACCUACAUGAAUCUGUUCACAUAUUUUGUGAUGGCGUACCCUUGGACUUAAUGCAUGGUCGGUCAAUGGAAGGUGUGGCCAUGUUGAACAUACCCAGCAUUUACGGUGGGUCCAAUUUAUGGGGGGACCCGUAUAUCACCAGGAUUAAAAAGAGAAAGAAGAUACAAAGUACAUCAACAUCGUCAGACAUUGAUAGAGAAUUCUCAAGUGGUAGUGUGUCGUCUGUGGACCUCUGUAGUACUACACAAGAUAUGGGUGACAAAUUGGUGGAAUUGGUGGGACUGAUAGACACGAUACACAUGGUGAAAGUGAAGGGUGGCAUGCACUCAGGCAAAAGACUUGCUCAAUGUUCCAACAUCCUCAUACAAACAACCAAGGAGUUUCCGAUGCAGAUUGACGGCGAGCCAUGGAUUCAACCUCCCUGCACCAUUAGCAUAGUGCACGAGAACCAAGUACCCAUGUUGAUGGCAACAGCUGCAGACAGAAAGUCAUCAUUUUUUGGUCUAUUUUCUUCCGCUAAAUGAUGAAGAUCACUCGUUACCUAAUUUAAGAUUUAUUUUAGAUUCGUGUUUAUCCUAAGUAUUACUUUUUUUUACUUUUUAAUUCAUUCAAAUUUUUGUAAUUAUGAAAAAAUGAAUUUUAAGGUUAUUUAUUUUUUAUAUAAAGUUUGUUGGCCCCAGGAUUUAGUUCAUGCUAAAUAUUCUUUAAAUUAGUGUACACUGUUUUCCUGUAAUUCAUUGUGUUUCUUCUCGAAUUUGAACAUUUUUUUUAUGUAAAAUUAAUUUACACUCGUAGACACAAUAGUUUCAAUUCAUCUCAGCCCUACAUCAUCUAUCAUUACAAUUUAUUUUCAUCGCAACCAUUCAAUCCGACCAGCCACCAGCAGUUUCAGAGCACUCACCUUUUUUAUUUUAUACAAACCUCACGUGUUGUAGCGUUCGCACGGAUAUUUUAAAAUAUUACAUCCGUGCAGCUCUGACAUUUGCAGAACUGCUUUCAUGUUUUCAUGCAAGCCUCUCUUUGAAGCAGCCAUCACCGUACACGGGCUGUUCAACCUCCGUCUGCUGGUGCGUACGCUGACAUAAGUGUCGUACGCACUUGUACAUGGCGCUCGCUAGGCUUCAUGCAUAUUGUACUCCUAUGUGGAUUUUAUGCAGACGUAGAUAGAAUGCUUAUGCCUAAGUAUAUCGUAUAACUGUGCACCUAUAUGCGUGACGUGCGGUGCGUGUGUGGGUGCGUGUAUGCUUCCUUCAUUCACUUACUCGUGCAUUCGGUUUCGUCACAUGCACACUUUUGUGAUUACGUAACUCAUUGCCGAAACAAUCAAUAUUAACAUUAUUAUUAUUAUCCUCAUAUGUUUUGUCGGUCACACCAUCUUUCGGUAAGGAAGGAAGAUGUGAUUAUAUCUAAUGCGAAUAUCUCCACAGAUAAGAUGCUUCUCCAACUAUUAAAUCAAGUUGUUAUUAUUAUCUUCAUCUGCUGUGCAGCCGUGGAAACGUUUGAUAUUUUAUUUCCAUCAUUUGCUUAAUGAAAGUUCAAUGAUAUUUUUUGAGAUUAAUAUGGAGUUUUUAAUAAUAAUUUCAUGAAUUCUUGCAAAAACUUGAUGAUAAUUUCUCGUGUGUAUGUGUGUGUGUGUAUGAUUGUGUAUUUGUAUGUUACGUAUGUAAUGAAAACUUUUCAGUAUUCAACAUUAUUUAUAUUGAGGUAGUUCAAUGUCCCGUGAUUAAUGCCAGUUAUUAUUAAUAGAUACUAAUUGACAACAAUUCAAUGAAUUAUUUGCGGUGACAUGUUAAUUAUCCAAUGUAUCUUCCUUGUUUUUAGGCGUCAAUUUAAUUUGUUUGUCACUUCACGAUCCUGUCACGUCAGCAAGUCAUCACCAAUCACAUCCUCAUUAACAACAUAUUCACUGCAUGCACACCAGCCGAACAUGUGUACAGUUUCCCAAGAGCUAGGUUUUCAUUGCAGAUAAGUUUUUAUGCAGUCAACGACAUCAAUCAUCCUCCCUACCUUCGUUCACUUGCGUGCCAGCUGCAAGUAACAAACUAUAUAUAUAUAUAUAUAUAUAUAUAUAUAUAUAUAUAUAUUAGAUUAAGACUGUCAGAAAUACAAUUAUUGAUGAAAAUCGAAAAUCACAGCAUGUUUGGCGUUAGUUAACUUCCAAUUUAACUUUUCGAUUUUUCUAACGGUUGAUCGUAAAUAAUUCUCAAGUUCAAGAUUUUUGUUUAUUUUAUGCAUGACGAACAGAAAUCAAUCAUCCUCCCUACCUUCAUUUACUUGCGUGCCAGCUGCAGUAAAAAGACAUCCGAUAAUAAAUAUUCAACAACGGACAAUUAGAAUUCUACUACUAAUAAAUUU